GUGAAGGCGUUGUCAAUUGAUCAGGUGGACCACGUGCUGUCGCAGCCAUCGAUUAGCUUGGCCGCGGGAAGCACGAUCUACGGAGACGACGAAAGCAGCGAAAAUGAGGACCAAGACUCCGUGGACGACCAGCUGCCAAAGCUGUUGGGUGCCAGAGUCCA